CGGAAGUCGCGGCCUGGACCUGCUGCAGCCACCAUGCCAUGGAAGGGCUGAGCGCCUCGGCGGCUUUCUGGGAUCACCUUCGCCAGCUGUGCCUGGACCAGUUUCCUUGCGGGGUGGGGAGCUGGAAUAAAUCCCGGUUCCCCCCUCGCCUGCCCCUCCGUCUCCACGGCCUGCCUGCCCUCCGACUGGCCACUCUGCCCCGACGCAAUGGCCUCCUGUCGCCCAACGAAGAAACGGCGGAGGCCCUGACAGAGUUCCUGCGCUGCCCAGACUCCCCCUGGGCCUUGCCCCCCGACUGCAGCCCCCCUGAGCAGCAGCUGCGGGAGCUGGCCGUGCAGCACCCCCAGAUCGUCCGGACCAGCUUCGUCUGCUCCUACUUCAGGUCGCUCCGGAUCGUGAACAAAGGGGUGACCGAAAUCGAUGGGGGUUUGUUAAAGUUCCCCAAUUUGGAAGAGCUGAUCUUAACAGCAAACCAUAUCAGCACCAUCCCGGCUGCCAAUCUCCCUCCGGGCCUCAAGGUGCUGGAGCUUUGUGGCAAUGAGGUGCAGAGUUUAAAAGACCUGUGCACAUCCCCCCCAGCUGGACUGCAGCAUCUGGGUCUCAGCCACAACUGCCAGCUCGGUUCCUCGGAGGAACAAUAUUUGGCAGCUGCUUUCUGGCCCAACCUGGUCUCUCUGGACUUGAGCUACAACAACUUCACCGACCUGCUGAGCCUCCUUCCCACGCUCUCCAGCUUGAAAAAGCUCCGGAUCCUCGUCCUGCAGGGAAACCCCUUUGCCCUCCUUCCGGGUUACCGAGGUUUUACCAUCGACAGCCUGCCCCACAUCUCUGUCUUCGAUGACAUCAUCAUCACCCCGGAGGAGAGGCACCGUUUCCUCAAACUGUCCACCUUCCCAGAGGCCUUACUGUCGGAUGUCAAACUGAUCGUCGCCAUUGGCAAAAUGCGAGGCCUCCCCAACCCGCUCAACCCAGAGGAACUGGAGGGCAGUCCUGACUCCCCAAUCGUCACUCACAGCUACUACGUGACGUAUGAAUUUGCCACAGGUGAAGAAAAAGGGGAGAAGGCAGUCAGCAAGCACAGGGGAGCAUUGACCGCAGGGGACGUGGCGAGCUCACCUUUAGUGGCGGUGGAUGGAGAGACAACUGAGCCCCUGUCUUCUCAGCCUUCGCCCAAGCUGGACCUGCAGCCUGAGCCAGGAGCAAACAUGCACUCGACUCCCAAGAAGGGCUGGGCAGAGGCCAUUGACUGCGAUUACCGAAAAGAGCAUCUCACCCAGGAUCUGGGGGCUCUCAAGGCUUAUCUUCUUGCUGGAACCACCAUCUCCGUUGUUGAGGAAAAGGUUGUCUCCUGGCCUGUGGUCCUGACUCCUGAAGAAAAAACAAGCAAGAAAGGGAAGGGGAAAGGAGAGAAAGGAAAAGCCGAUUCGGGGAAGGCAGACAAAGGGAAGGAGAAAGGGAAGGAGAAAGACACUGGAAAGGGUGGGAACAAAAAGAAAAAGAAAGCCCCUUCCCCAGAGCUCCGAAACGACCCCCCCAUCGUGAGGAUCCUGGGCUCCCUUCAUGUCAGCUUAGAGAAACUGCUAGCCGGGGCAUCGUUGCUGGAGACCACCUGUGAUUUUGGGGUACAGAUAACCGAGCGGAGCGUCUCCCUGCCAUCGCCCAAAGACAAGGAGAGCAAGAAGGGUGCAAAAAAAGAUGCCAAAGCCAAAUCUGGGAUCGACAUCGCAAUCUCUCGAAAAACACCCCCACCCCCAACCCCCUCCCCUACCAGAGGAAAGGGGCGGAAGAAGGACUCUCCGGAGGGACCCGAUUCGCAACUCAGCCAGCCCGUGCCUUUGACUGUGGAGUUUCAGAUGCAACACAUCAAGUGGGAAUCGGCUUCCCCCAUCUUAAAAAUGCAGGAAGCCUCAGAAUAGGCUUGCAGAGAGCAAGACCCGUUUGGCUCUUAAGAGAAGAGGAGGCUCUGGGUGCACAUUCUGAGGCUGGUCCUUUCCUGAGUGAUGUGGCUCUUCGCUGCUUUGUGCAAUGUAUAGACUCCUCCUUUAGACCAGAGUUUCUGCUGGUUGGGGAAUUCUGGGGGUUGAAAUCUACCCAUCUUAACAGCUGGCAAGAUUGGGAAUCGCCACGUAAGAGCAAAGAGGAAUAACCUAGAAGUUAACAGACAACAGCAACACUUUCCAAUCAACACGCUCCAAUCAACACCCAGAUUUAUGUGUGACUGCACAAGGACAUUGCAUACAUUAAAUGAUAAAACAUAUGCCGGAAUCAGCAAACUAAAAGCAGAUGCAAUGCACUGGUUUUAGCUAAACACAAACUUAGCUAAAGUGGGUCUAAAAACUUGGCAUCAAGAGCAAAGUCAAUAAACUGAAAAUAACUAA